AUGCACGUCCGACCAGCCGCGGGCACGCUGUUCCACAUUGUCGGGCGGCGCGACUAUCUCCUUGGCGAGCUUCGCGAUGGGAAAGUUGUUGUGUCCACGAACCUCGGUGGCGGCGUCUUCACGCGGGGCAACCCACGUGUUGUGAACGACGGUGCCGUGCACUCUGUCGAAGUCACGCUGGCAGCGAACGUGUUGACGGUCACGGUUGACGGCACGCGCCGGACACGCAAUGGCCCAUCGUCCUUUACAGGCUUGAAUGUUGGCGAGGGCCCUAUCCUUGGGGUCGGAUUUGAGGGCCAGUUUGCCGAUUUCGUCUUCAAUGACGUUAACAUUCUGGUUCUUGGCGCACGCGCUUCAAGCUCGGUUUCCGUCGCGUCUGUGACCUUCCGUCGCCCCGCGGGCGCAACGACAACAACUCCGACAACGACGACGACCACCACGUCUGACGUCGGCACGCCUGCACCCGACAGCACCUCCCUGCUCUUCACUCCCGUGUCACAGUUUUCGCUCCAAACAGCAGCGCCCGUCUUCACCUCCUCAUUUUUCGUCUCAAUCAGAUUCCGAACGCGUCUGUCCGGUGGAACAUUGUUCCGCCUCUAUGGCGAUACGCUCGUCGACUUCGUGCAGGUCGACGUCACGGAUGCCGGCUUUGAGGUGUCGUUCAACUUGGGCGGCGGAUCAACACGUCAGGAAUUCUCCACCGCUGUCACCGAUGACACCUUCCACACCGUCACUGUCGCUCUCAAUGGUCCCGCCGCCGCUGUGACACUGGAUGGAUCGCCAAUGGGGAACGUGCAAGGCGCCCUUGGGUUCCGCGUGCUCAACCCCGGUGCUCCAACUCGCAUCUCGCUCGGAUCGGGCUAUGUUGGGCUGCUCUCUGCCGUCGUCUUCCAGCAGCAGGACUUGACCGGAACAACAGUCCUCACGUCCCCUCGCACGUCAUUCUCGAAUGUGAUUGUGGUGCCGGACUCAUUUGAUUUGAGUGUGUUCGACCAAACAACCACCAACGGCACUGGUGGUACAACUACGACAACUUCCACGACGACCUCCACAAGCACAACGACAACCACAUCCACAACAACAACGACAACCACAAGUACAACGGGUUCCACGACCACGACGUCCACGACAACAAUGUCUACAAGCACAACCACAACUACAACGUCCACGACAACAACGUCUACGUCGACCACCACCACAACAACAACGUCCACGACAACAACGUCUACGUCGACCACCACCACCACCACCACCACCACUACCACUACUACGACAACGACGAGUACAACCACAACAACCACGUCCACGAGCACAACAUCGACAUCGACAGCGACUACGACAACGUCGACAACUACAACUACAACGACUACGACAACCACCACAACGUCUACAACUACAACUACAACGACUACGACAACCACCACAACGUCUACAACUACAACUACAACGACUACGACAACCACCACAGCCUCAACAACAGCCUCAACAAGCACACCCACAACCACAACAACCACACCCACAACGACGACUACAUUGUCGCCUUCACCGUCAACGACAGCCAGCAGCACGUCGUCUCCAGUUGCCAGCAGCGUCAUGGUGAUGCCAACACCAACGCCAACGCCUUCCAUUCCAACACUCACCCCAACCUCAUCGUCCACCACCACAACAACGUCUACAAUGACCACAACAACGUCAACAACCACAAGCACGACUACAACAACGACUACAACCACAAGCACGACCACAACAACGUCAACAACCGCAAGCACGACCACAACAACGACUACAACGUCCACCACCACGGUUUCCACGAGUACAACGACGCAGCCAUUGACCUCAACAUCAAGUGCAUCAUCAGGCUUGUCAUCAUCAACCACCGCAACCACAACCACAACCACAACCACAACCACAACAACCACGACCACAACUACAACCACGACCACAACGACCACCACGACCACAACGACCACCACGACCACCACGACUUCUUCUCGUAUCAGCACAACAACGACAGCGUCAUUGACCUUCACCCCGUCAUCAUCAUCGCCAUCGUCAACAACGACUGCGAGCACUAUUUCUGGAAACGGAAUGAGUGGAUCUUCCUCAUCAUCCACCACGACAACGACUUCCACGACCACGACUACAACGACUUCCACGACUACCACAACGACAACAUCCACAACGACAACAACAGCUACGUCCACGACCACCACAACAUCCCCAACUACAACGACUUCCACGACCACAACCACAUCCACAACUACAACGACUUCCACGACCACAACAACAGCUACGUCCACGACCACCACAACAUCCACAACUACAACGACUUCCACGACCACAACAACAUCCACAACUACAACGACUUCCACGACCACAACCACAUCCACAACUACAACGACUUCCACGACCACCACAACAUCCACAACUACAACUACAACGACUUCCACAACCACAACUAGCACGACUACCACCACAACGACAUCUUCAACCGCAACUGCCACAACGUCCACCAUCCCUGGGUCCAUGUCGUAUGUGGUGGUUGCAGAGGGCCAAGAACGCGUGUCAAACGCAUUUGACGGCGACAGUCUCCUGGAGAGAAUUGACAACAUUGACUUGAGCACGUGCGUGGAUCGCUGUACGGCGGAGGCGGCGUGUGCUGGGCUGUACCACCUGACGAACCGACAGGGCACCGUCGUGUGCCGGCUGCUGCUGACGCUCUCGAACGAAACCGUCAGCAGUGGUGGAGUGGAGGGCAUCACGCUUCUAAAGAUCGUCUCCAUGACAACCACGACAACAACCACGACAACAACCACAACGUCUACAACGACCACGACCACUACAACUACCACGACAACUACCACAACCACGACAACCACUACCACAACAACCACUACCACAACAACUACGACCACGACCACUACCACAACCACGACAACCACUACCACAACAUUCGUGUGUGAAAUUCCAAACUGUGCAGAGUGCAGUGCAAACAACACAUGCGCGCGCUGCGACAACACAACGUAUCUGUUCGACAACACGUGCGUUGCAUCAUGCCCAAUUGGGUUGAUUCAGAACGACACGGCGCGCACGUGCGAUUUCAUCCCGAAGCAGCUCCUAUCAACAACGACAUCCACGUUCACCCCAAUCUCCACAACCACAAAUGGGAAUGGCGGCACAACCACAACCACAACCACCACAACCACGACGACUACGACGACUACGACGACUACGACAGCCACCACCACGACCACGACCACCACAACCACAACCACAACCACAACCACAACCACAACCACAACCACAACCACAACCACAACCACAACCACAACCACCACGACUUCAUCUUCAACCACCACCUCGACCACUACAACGACGACAACAAUGUCGUGCAAUGUCGAAGGGUGUGUGAUGUGCAGCACCAGUGACGUGUGCACGCAGUGCGACAACACGACAUAUCUGUUUGACGGUGCGUGCGUUGCGUCAUGCCCCGUUGGGUUGGUCGAGAACGACACGACGCGCACGUGCGAAUUCAUCCCGAAGAAUCCUCCCACGGCAUCCAGCAGCACAACCACAACGUCCACACCAGCUUAAGCACAGGCAAACACGCAAGUGUGCAUGCGUGUAUGUGUGCAUGUGCAUGUGUUUGUGUAUGUACGGAGAAGGUUCUUCUUUCUUCAUUCUCCCUGUUCUUCCCCUGUCCCUGUUCAUAUCUACUGGGCCGUUGCAUCUCUGUUCUAUUUCGGUCGUUGGCGUGUGGGUGUUACUGUUGGAGCCACGCACGCACGCGAGCACUCACGCAAGUAAUGUCAUCAUCACACUUGAGCAACGACACGGUCCAACAGCACGUGUACACGUUUCCGA